CGUUUUGUAACACAACAUUGAACUAAAGCAGUUUAUAUUAACUUCCUGAUGCUUCAGAUAAAACGUUGAAAACGCUGUCAAAUGGCUUCAGGGAUUAGCAGCCAGUGCAGUAAAGUGACCCAGAUUUCGGAGCUGACCAACUCGCAGCCCACAGGCUUAGAGGGGCUGUCAGUGGAGCUGGAAACUGUCCUGGGGGAAAUUAAAACCCUGCAAAUCAGUCAGAAGGCCAGCAUUCAGUCAUUGCAGAGAACAUACAAGGAACAUAGUGCAGUUAUGAUAGAGCAAAUGCGUGGCAAUUUAAAUACUUAUAUAGAUGAAUGUGAUAAUAAUUCUGUGGGUACAUCAGGCGGAAAUGAGCAAUAUUUAAAAGAAGAGAUGUGUAGGAGUGUUCUCUCUAUCGUGAAUGAAUUUGAUAAUAUUACUGCGAAGGAACUUAACGAGAUGAAAGAUGAAGUUAUAAGCAUUAAAGGGUCAGUUACAAGUUCUAUUCAUAAAUGCACCAAUGUUCACAAUGACUUGUCACAAUUCCAUGAAAUUGUUCAGAAAAUUGGAGAUCAUAAGCAGCUCUGCCUUAUAGCCAGCAUAAAAUGUAAGCAUAUAAUACAGCAGGCACUGACUCUGCUGGGAAAGUCAGGCAAGGCGUUUGAUGUCCAGAGUAAUACUAAGCACAAUGUGAGAAUACCAAGUGAUUCAGGUGAAUGUUUUAUCACAGGCAUAUGUGUUCUUCCCGAUGGGCAGGUACUGAUUGUAGACUCGAAAAAUCAGAAAGUCAAGCUGCUGAACCAGCAGUACCAGGUGGUGAGUCACUGGGAUGUUAAUGCUAGGCCAGUUGCCAUUUGUUUGAUCACACCCAGUGAGGUUGCAGUGGCUGUGAAUACUAGCAAGAUACAUGAGGUCCAGUUUAUCACUGUCAACCAGGGAAAGCUUGUUCCUGGCAGGAAGUUUCAGUUACAACAUGAAUGUACAGGUAUUGCCCAUCACUAUGAAGACCUUUUUGUCACCUCUGGUCAAGAACUGUACAAAUACUCACUGAAUGGCAAACUGAUCUGCAGACUCUACCAAGAUAGAUUAGCUUAUUUGCCAGUAUACAAGUGUGCUGUGAGUCCCACAGGAGACAGGCUGUACAUCACCAGCUACUGGAACAAGCUUCUCACCCUGGCCAGGGAUGGCACACUCCUGGCUACAUACACAGACCCAGCACUACGAUGGCCACGUGGUCUACAUGUGACCCCUGCAGGCCAGGUGCUGGUCUGUGGAUGGCAGUCCAACACUGUACUACAGGUGGGCUGGGAGGGGCAGAGUAAGCUGACUACGCUGGCUACUAAGGAGGAUGGAGUGAGGUGGCCAUGGCCAGUCUGCUACUGCAGCACCACAUCAUCCAUCAUUGUGGGACUGGAUUUGAACGACAACAUCCUGGUGUUCAGAGUGGAAUAGUGUGUACAUUGGCUGCUGAGUCAGGACAACGAUGCUGAGGAUGUGGUGGACAAGAAUAAACUGAAUACUCAGAAGGAGAGCACCAGCAUUGGUAUCGAGUUGGCCCAGCAUCAGUACCAGUCCAGCAUGCAGGAGAUCCAGCCAAGGACGACCCUUCCCCUCCCCUGACCACUAACUCCUCACUUUUGACCUGCAGCCUCGAAGGAUCAGCAUCGUUGAACAAUUUUGUUCUGCAGGAGAUUCUCAGCACGUCAAGUUUUCACGGGCUGUUCUCAACAACCGCAAUGUCCUGGUCGAGUUUUCCACACUCCAGCCUGAGUAGUUUUGUUAAAUAUAAGCAGUAGAAAUGGUAAAACUAACAGCCAGUGUGCUUGCUCUGGGACAUCACAAAGAAUAUCACAGAAUACAAAGUUGAAUAACUUGUUCCAUUCAUUAUGGGACCAACAGAAAUUCAGCAAGAAACAGGGCAAAAAAUCAAGGAACAAUUGAAGCGAUUAAUUUAGAAGUGUAGGUUUUCCAAAGUAGAUACUUCUGCUGUUGAUAGUUUUGACAGUAAUAGCGUUACGGACGUCUCGGUUUGUCCUCUCAGGCGUGUAAACUGUCCAAAGAGAACACGCUUCUGACGCUUUUGCUGACGAAGAAAGGCAGUAAUGACUUGGCUGUGAACACCCAGAGCACAAUACAUCCUUGGGGCAUGCCUCAGACGCAAAUUCCGCUCAAGAUUAUAAACAACGCGCAAAAUGUGAAUAUGUCUAGCUUUGUUAUGAGCACUUCCCACUCCGAGCCCAUAGGCCUCGUAUUGAAUCGAGGCUGAGAAGGCAUUGACAAAUGACAGCAGUUGUGUUGUGUGGUCCAGUAUGCCCAUCGACUCUCAACCCGACGUUAAUCAGAACUCAAACUCGGCCUUUAGCAAUAUCAGCUCAGCUCCUUGAGCCUCAGGACUUGAUGCAAUCCUUGAUUGGUACCCAGCUUAAUAACAGGCUCUCUGGUCAGCUGGUCCCAGACGCCCAGAGACACUUCCUGUGCAUGGGGGGUAGUUGGCUCUUGGCGCAGGACCUCGGGGCAAAUGCUCAACAAAUCCUUAGCGCAGGGUGCAGCCAGUCUAAACCUGGGGUUUCAAACUUUCCUGCCUAAGGGCCGAGAUUAUCUCAUCCACAAGAGUCUUAUACUCACAAGUUCAGGCCCAGAGAGAAAUAUCCCCAACUACAACUUUGCCCCUACAUCACAAUAGGAGAGCACCAGCAUUGAUAUUGUGUUGGCCCAACAACAGCACCAGUCCGGCAUGCAUGAGCCCCAGUCCAGGACAACCCUUCCCCUACCCUGAUCCAUAUCUCCUCCCCCAAGACCUCCAGCCUCAAAUUCUGAACACAUCCAGUUUUCUUGCACUGUUCUCAUCAACCGCAAUGUCCACGUAAAGUUAUCCACUGUCGAGCCCGAGUAGUUUUGUUUAGCUUGAGUGUCCGAGUGGGAAGAGUGUUACAGACACAAGAAGUUAUAUCAGUAGUUAUGGUAAUGCUCAAUCAACAGUCAGUUCUUGCUGUUGGACAUCACUGUGAAUAUCACGACGAAUGAGAAGUUGAAUAACUUGUUCCAUUCGUUAUGGGACAAACACAAAUUCAGCGAGGAACGGGACAAAAAAAUCAAGGAACAAUUGAAGCGAUUAAUGCAGAAGUGUAGGCUUUCCAAAGUAGAUACUUCUGCUGUUGAUAGUUAGGACAGUAGUAGUGUUACGGACCGUCUUGGUUUGUCCUCUCAGGCGUCUAAACUGUCCAAAGGGAACAUAAAGCUUUUGACGCUGUUGCUGAUGAAGAAAGGCAGUAGUGACUUGGCUGUGAACACCAAGAGCACAAUACAUCAAUGGGGCAUGCCUCAGACGCAAAUUGCGCCCAAGAUUGUAAACAAGCUGCAAAAUGUAAACAUGUCUAGCUUUGUUACGAGCACUUGGCACUUGUAUUGAAUCGAGAAUAGAGAUGGCUUUGAAAAAUGACAGCAGUUUUGUAAUGUCAUACAGUACGCACUUCGACUCUCAACAGAGUUAGUCAGAACUCAAACUGGGGCCUUAGUAAUAUCAGCAAGUUGUAGAGACGCUCAAAGUGAAACAGUUGUUCCAACAGAUAGAACAGGCCUUGAUUGACUUGUCCGUAAAUGUGACUGGCCUUAAUAUGUUGCUCUCGAAUAAUGUGAACCUCACCAGGAGAGCUGUCUGCAAUUGACGACAUUCAACAACAGUUGUUGUCAGGAAUUCCCGGGUUUGGGUUGGUGACAUAGGUGUCGAGACUCGCUUCAUCUCUGCAUAUGGCACGCUCGCAGCAACAGCAGCAGCAACAAGAACAGCAGUGGCUGCUGAGUCCGAGGAUGUGGUGGACAAGAAUGACCUGAAUAUGCAGAAGCAACUGCUCAGCACAGAAGACGACUGUCUGGUGAAAGGCUCAGCCGUAUCAAAGUUCAGUGAUGUUGGGGGACGUUGCUGUUCCAUGUCUGGGGAUCGCAUCAUGAAGGACAUUUUAGCUGACACUUACAAGGGAGAGAACUCUAGGUCUGCACCAAAAGAGAGAACCAGCAUUGAUAUCGAGUUUGACCAGGAACAGCACCAGUCUGCCUGAAGAAUCCCCAGUCCAGGACUAUCCUUGCCCCCCCCCCCCCCUGACCCCUAGCUCCUCCACCCUGACCUCUGGCCUCAAAGGGUCAUCAUAGUUGAAUUCAAGCGCUGUACUCAACAACGGCAAUGUCUGUGUCGAGUUUUCAACACUCAAGACUGAGUAGUUUUAUUGAGCUCGAGUGCCAGAGUGGGACAGACACAAUGAGUUAUAGAAGUAGUUAUGGUAACACUAACAGUCAGUUCUUGCCGUAUGACAUCACAACGAAUAUCACGAAGAAUAAAAAGUUGAUUAAUUUGUUCCAUUCUUUAUGGGACAAACAUAAAUUCAGCGAGGAUCGGGAAAAAAUCAAGGAAAUUUUUACAAUUGAAGCGAUUAAUUCACAUGAGUAAGCUUUCCAAGCAGAAUACUUUUGCUGUCUAUAGUUUGGACAGUAGUAGAUUUACAAACGCGCUUUUGAUGCUGUUGCUGACAAAGAAAGGCAGUAACUACUUCAUUGUGAACACCCUGGACACGAUACACCCAUGGGGUUUGCCUAAAAUGUGAAUUCCGCCCAAUAUUGUAAACAAGGUGCUAAAAGUAAACACGUCCGGUUUUGUUACGAGCGCUUUGCACUCCAAGCCCAAAGCACAUAGAAUCAACACCAGAAAAGGCUUAGAAAAUGACAGCAGUUUCGUUGUGUGAUCCAGUAAGGACUCUGAACGACAUUUAUGAGACCUCAAACUUGACCAUAGCACUCACAGCGAGGCCAUCAUGUUAUCUCAGCUUCUUGAGCUUCAGCAAACAUUAUUAGCCAACAAGAUGAAAACAUCAUUGAAGUGAAAGUCAAAAACAAUCCUGACUACCUUCGGGCACAAAUACUACAACUUGCUGAAGAAAUUCAGCACGAAUAUGUCUUGCGUCAGCCUAGCACGCCUCCUAUUAACUCUUCCAACAGCGGAGCCUUGAGCUAGUUCCUAGCAAUCAUAGAUCGGUACCCUGCUGAAAAUCAGGAUCUCUGGUCAGCUGGGCCCAGAUGCCCAGCAACACUUCCUAGCCCAGGACCUUGGGGCAAAUGCUCAACAUGUCCUAUCUGCAUGGUGAAGCCAGUCUAAACCUUGGGCUCCAAACUUUCCUGCUGUGGAGCUGAGAUUACCUCAUCCAUAAGAGGGCUUAUACUCACAAGUUCAGGCCCAGAGAACAGUGUUCCCCAACUACAACACAACCAGUACGUCUCAAUAGAGGACACAAUUCCUGAAAACCUCGCUGAGUGCGACUGCGCCAUACGUGACCCUUCAGUGAAAUGAGAUUCCAGGCGGAAUGUCAAACCGGUACUACUCCGGUCUCCAGCAAUAGCCUCAGCCUCGGACGCAGGUUCAUGAUGCACCCAUGGCCUUACUUAUUUCUGAACAUCUCAAUCUCACAGCAAUUGAUGUGAAUUAAUGAUAAUAAGACUCCACAAACCAAGUUUUGGAGAGGGUAUAUUGGAGUCAAUUUUCUGUUAAGGUUCACCCCGCAACGUUCAGUGCCAAGCGAUGAAAUCAUCCACCGUUACAUGUAGUUGGUUGAGGGUCUCCCAAAACCACCCAGUGCCUUGCGAUGAAAACCUCCAACAGGACUUUGACCUUGCCCUUGUACACACCUAAUGGUCAGGUUGACGAUCACUUGGGCUUAGAUAGUCACUGUAGUAAGAAUGUGUAAGAUUUUAAAGAAGAUGACUUCACAAUAGGACAUCCGAGACUGCAAUGACGAAAUGAGUGCCCUCACUUCAGCUGUGGAGGCCAAUACACAAUACGAGAGUUUCCAGCGGAUUACCUUAUCUGGGUUUAUUUUAAACCUAAUUAUUAUAUGAUUUAGUUAGAAAACCUUGGUAGCAGAGCAAUGAGUAUAUCCCAGGAGCAUUUGCAGUCACAGCAAGUGAACCAGCGGCAGUCAUCGUCUCUAGAUUCCAAGAUCCCCAUGCUUCACAACCCUCAGUCUAUGAACAUCAUGCAGAGCAAACCUUGGACGACCAUUGACGAAAUCAAACCAGCAAAUCAGAAGGACAGCCUGUUGCUACAGUUGUUAUCAUAUUAACCCCAGUCAUACGGAAGAAGCUCAGAGAUAUAAAUGCUGUUUAAGAUGUGCUUGUCUCUACAUACACCAUGUCUGGUGUGAACAUGUACAAUUGAAUGUCUCUACAUACACCUUGUCUGGUGUGAACAUGUACAAUUGAAGGUCUCUACAUACACCAUGUCUGGUGUGAACAUGUACAAUUGAAGGUCUCUGCAUACCCCAUGUCUGGUGUGAACAUGUACAAUUGAAGGUCUCUAUAUACCCCAUGUCUGGUGUGAACAUGUACAAUUGAAGGUCUCUGCAUACCCCAUGCCUGUUGUGAAUAUGUACAAUUGAAGGUCUCUACAUACUCCAUUUCUGGUGUGAACAUGUAAUAUUGAAUGUCUCUACAUACUCCAUGUCUGGUGUGAACAUGUACAAUUGAAGGUCUCUACAUACACCAUGUCUGGUGUGAACAUGUACAAUUGAAGGUCUCUACAUACCACAUGUCUGGUGUGAACAUGUACAAUUGAAGGUCUCUACAUACCCCAUGUCUGGUGUGAACAUGUACAAUUGAAGGUAUCUACAUACCCCGUGUCCGGUAUGAACA